AUGGGUGGCGCUGUGGGUACAGGAUUAUUUUUAGGUUCUGCACAAGUCAUCCAAUCUGCUGGUCCUUCGAUUAUUUUAGGCUAUGCCAUCGUCGUCGCCAUGACUGAACUUACAGCGGUGGCUAAAUAUGUGCAUUAUUGGUGGCCGCAUAUUCCCGCUUGGGUCUCCGCUUUAUUUUUCUUUGUCAUCGUGACUGCAGGUGCGGAUUCAACUGCAACUGUGGCAAACCUCUGGCAACAUGGCGGAUUUUUCCCACAUGAAGCAUUAAGUCAUCUGAUGUAUUUGGCUGUUGCUGCUCUGUACACCAAAAACACCAUUACAGAUCUUAAUUUGCUGGAAUCUGAAAUUCAGCGUAUUGGCGUGACAAAUUUAGGCACCGAUAAUGAAGAGUUUAUCGCAGGGAUGGUGGCCUGUUCAGUGCCUAUACUCCACCCCAAUGGUGAAAUCAUUGCCUGCUUAUAUACCCAUGCGCCAACUAGCGACUUAGAAUACCCAAGUCUCUAG